GUUUUUUGCUCCUCAGACACUCGGCUCUCCCUUCUUCACAAGGCAGUUUUCAAAUCUACGCGCGGGGAGGGGCCGACACCCCCUAUCAGCCAAUUGCGGCGCGCGUUUUUCUCUGCGUCACGGUAAAAUAGUGUUUGACCUAUCAUAGCAAAAUGCGUCAGCGUCCACGCUGGGGAAACGGAAGCGAAGUUUAAUGCUGCCUUCACGUAAUAUUGUAAGUAUGGUAAAAAUGAGUUGCCCAUUUGGAAAUUGCACAUGAACGCCCCCCUCAAGUCGUUAUUACGAGUGGGAAAAAUGAAGUCGUUAAUACGAGUGGGAAAAACUCGGGAGAGAAUUUUGAUGUCCGAGUUUCCCGGAUUGGGGUGAGCAGUAUCUUUUAACAUGUGAAGAAGAAGACAGAUUCAGUAAUGGAUGGUACAUACUUCUUUAUUUUUAACAGUGCAACACGGAUUAGGUGUUGCUUGUGUACAUGCAGUAAUUUUAAUCUGUAAUCAAUGUACUAUUAACAAUACAUUUUUUAAAUAAAUUCUUUCCGACAACAAAGCACCUGAACAUGACAUUGGUAAUUCUCUGACUCGUAAUCCCGACUUCACGAGUGGGAAGUAGGAUCUUCCGACUGGUACGUGAAGGCGGCACAAGCAACAUGGUGGAGAUGUGAUGUUUCCAGCGGCGACAUGGUCACAGUUUAAAGACUCGCAGCAAUCGUAUUAACGAAGCUAUUUGCUCUUUAAUCGUAAAAUACAUUUUGGAAUACAAUGGUUCAUUUAUCGGACACGUGCGGGCUUCUUUUCAGGUCAGCUAAUGUGUAAAAAGACAACAGCAGCAGCAGCACAGAAAUGUCCAAACUCGCACUGUCGUCGCUUCACGAGGCACUGAGGAAAAGCUUCAAGAGUCUGGGAGACAACCAGAGAGUGUGGAGGAGCGUGUUGGCCGAGUGCGGCCCGCCGAUGGCGUCUCUGGGCAACUUGGCGGAGCAGUCGCGGGCGCUGGCCAACGUGCAGAUCUCCAACACGCCGCUCAGAGACUUCCCCGACCUGGCGGACCGCCUGCGCUUCAAGCUCGCACUGGCGACGGAUGCCGCGCUGGGCCAACUCAACGACAAGAUGUCUUCUCUCCAGUCUGUGCGAGAUGCCGUCGGCAACCAGGUCUCCGCCGUCCUCCAACUCUACGAGCAGAACGCAGACGGCCUGGACGUUGCCGCCGUGACCGAGCGCUCGGCCGCCACCCCGUCUGUCGCCGACAUGCUGGAGUGGCUGCAGGAUGCCGAGCGUCACUAUCGACGACAAUAUUUGAGGAGGAAAACGCUGCUUCAGACGCUGAGAGCCGACAAUCUCUCCCUCUUAGAAUCUGCUCCCAAGAGAUGGAAAUCCUUGGACUGUCCGAGUGCAGAAGACUGCAUCACAGAUACACUUUGCAAAGUGUCCUUCCUCAUGGAGUCCCAGUGAGGAGGGUUAAAACUGACACGAGUGGAACUCAGGACCAGCUUGUGAUUUAUGUUUUCGGGAGCUUUUUAAAGAAGAGGCUGGAGGAGAAGAACCGGAUGGAGAAAAACUCAACGGACUUAAACGUGAAAUGGACUGGAUUUCUAUUUAGUUUGGUGAAAUGUCUCCUGAUCUGUUCUUGGAUGGGAAGUAUGUACACGCACAAGACUGUAUAAACCUAUAUAUAUAUAUAUAUAUAUAGUGUAAAAAAUAACCCAAAGGAAAUCGAUUAUUCAGAGAACACUUUACCAAACUUAUUUUAUUUCACAUUUUUCAUGUACCGGUAUGCAAAUCUCAGUCGAGGCUUCACGUGUCCGAUCAAGAGGUAAUGACACUGUCAAAGAAUAACUGAUCAAAAAAAAAUAUAUCACUGCAUUCCCCACAACACAAGCCAUCAUUAAAGCCGCCUUAACAAUC